UCACUCUGGGCCCCUCAUACCUGCUCCAAGAUGUACCUGUGUCAGGACCUGGUUCUGCUGGUGCUUCUGAGCUCUGGGGUGGCCUCCCUCAUCAGGAUCCCCCUGCACAGGGUUCCAGGCUCGCCUGGCACCCUCCAUGCACUGAGGGGCUGGAGGACCCCCCAGGUCCCUCUGCCCAAGGACGGGCCCAUUCUUGUGCCACUUUCCAACUAUUUGGACGCUCAGUAUUACGGGGAGAUAGGACUGGGGACACCCCCCCAGAACUUCUCUGUCAUCUUUGACACCGGCUCCUCCAACCUCUGGGUCCCGUCUCGCCGCUGUAACUUCUUCAGCCUGGGCUGCUGGUUCCAUCAUCGAUAUGACCCCAAGGCUUCCAGCUCCUUCCGACCUAAUGGGACCCAAUUUUCCAUCCGCUACGGGGCGGGGCGACUAGAUGGCAUUUUGAGUGAGGACGUGCUGACUAUUGGAGGCGUUGGGGGGGCCCCUCUGGUUUUUGGGGAGGCCUUAUGGGAGCCAAGCCUGGCCUUUGCGCUGGCCCACUUCGACGGAAUCCUCGGCUUGGGCUUCCCAACUCUGGCCGUGGCCGGAGUGCAGCCUCCGUUGGACACGCUGAUGGCCCUGGGGCUGCUGGACCAGCCCGUCUUCUCCUUCUACCUCAACAGGGACCCUGAAGCAGUCCCGGGUGGAGAAGUGAUUCUAGGAGGCUCAGAUCCAUCUCUCUAUAUCCCCCCCCUCAUCUUCCUGCCCGUCACCCGGCCAGCCUACUGGCAGAUCCAUGUGGACCGUGUGACUGUGGGCCACUCCCUGAUUCUGUGUCCUGACGGCUGUGCUGCUAUUCUGGACACGGGCACUUCCCUCAUCACGGGGCCCUCCAAGGAGAUCGGGGCGCUGCACAAACUCAUUGGCGGCUUCCCGCUGCUGGCUGGGGAGAGGCCCCACAGAGCCUGCUGUAAACUGGUCGUUAUGGGGAGCCCAGGGCAGACUCAGAGACCCGUGGGCGAGAGGAGGCUGGAGAAGGCCCAGCCGAGGCGGGGGUGGGGGGGGAUUGCGCUGAGUCGGGCCCCCAGGAGGGGCGUGGAAGAAGGGGAGCGGAGGAUUCUGGGGGGGGCAAUGGAGGGGGGAAUGGGGAGGGGCCCCCCCCGGACCCGGCAGAAUGGCCUUUUGGGCCCGCCCCUUCCCUUCUCACCGGAGGUAGUGACUGUUCAUCUCGUGGUGUCGGGGUUGGCAGUGUUCCUUCGCUCUGGGGCGAGGGGAGCCAAGGACGCCUGGGGCCUGGUGGUAGUGGGUCAGGUCUUUCCAGUCCCCCAAGCAGACGGCGGGGAGGUAUCCUGUUGGAGAAUGAGAGUCAGACCCCAGAAGGGCCAGGGGCCAGUGGAGGUGGUGAGGGGAACCAAUGCCUGGCAUGGAGAGAACAGAGUCCAGAUAGAAGGGGGAGCUCUGGAUGAAUGCGAAGAGGACUGGGGGGGGGGGGAGUUCGGCAGGGCAGGGUUGGCUGGGGCCCUGCAGGGAGGCCACCCCCCCAACUCUGCGGUCUGGUCUGCCUUCCACGGGUGCCUCCGCCCCCUUUCCCUCCUCCCACCCUCUCAGCUCCGCCUUCGGGGCUGCGCAGCCUGCGGGCCAGCCCACCGACCCCUGGAGCGCUCCCACCCGCCUCCGCCCUCGAGCUGA